UGGCCGCAAUGCCUACUGGGAAUAUGAGGAGCCAACUUUUGUUGCUGGCUCCCGCGGAGCCGGGGCGUGCGGCUAGUCGGUGCCCGAGGCUGUGGGACUCUUCGGGAAGCCGGAGCGAUGCUGCUCUUCUGUCCGAGCUGUGGAAACGGGCUGAUAGUGGAGGAGGGACAGCGCUGCCACCGCUUCGCCUGCAACACUUGUCCCUACGUACACAAUAUCACCCGCAAGGUAACAAACCGGAAGUAUCCAAAGCUAAAAGAAGUGGAUGAUGUACUUGGGGGAGCCGCCGCCUGGGAGAAUGUGGACUCCACUGCAGAGCCAUGUCCAAAAUGUGAGCAUCCCCGUGCCUACUUCAUGCAGCUUCAGACCCGCUCUGCAGAUGAGCCAAUGACCACUUUCUACAAGUGCUGCAAUGCUCAGUGUGGACACCGCUGGAGGGACUAGGGGCUGGGCCAACCCAGUUGCGAGCAUGCAUUUGUGUUCUGAGGGUCUUUGUUGGAUGCUGACCCUUCUGUGGUGGAGAGUCAGGGUGUCAGGAAACAGCCCACCUGCCAGUCCACAAAGUCCUUACUGUGCAGGUCCUCGUGUACUGGGUGACACCUGUGAGGAUGUGCAUUUGGAGCCAGGCCUUGCUUCUUCAUCCUGUGCAUUUUGUGGUUGACAUUUCCUUACUGCUGCCAGUACUCUGAACCUGCCGUCUAGCUAAUGGUGAUCUUGAACUGCUGACCUUCCUGUUACCACCUCAGAAGUAUUAGGAUUGAGGCAUAUGAGCCAUGUCUGUUUUAUGUGGUGCUGGGGAUUGAACCCAGGGCUAUCGACUGAGCUGUAUUCUCAGCCUUCAUUUUAAUUUUUAGUUAAAGAAUUAUUUCUCUCUACAGAAGUUAUUAAAAUACCUAUUAAAAACAUCAAAAAAGCACUUUAAAAUUCUGAACUUACACAUUAUACAUCUUGUAUGAAUAAAAUGUUCUGUGAGUUGGAAUUUCUGAAUGAUUUUGGUAGGAAUUUAGAAGGAACCAAAGAAGAGUUUCUCAGGAUGAGGUUCUAUAGUAGAGCCUGUGCCUAGCCUGUAUGAAGUCUGGGUUUGAGCCCUACUUAAAAAAAAAUUGUUUCAAUUCCAAUAAGCUUUGAAAAGUUAUCCAUUUGUUGGAGCAUUAAGGAGAUUAAUUUGGAAGGCAGAAAUUUUAUGCUACAAGUGCUGGGCU